AGAAAAAAGUGAAAAGGCCCAAAAAUACGCAACGGUGAAGGGUGAUUGAUUCAUGGUGAACGAUUUCAACACUUUCCAUUCCAAACUUGUAGCGGAAGAGCCAAAGAACCUUCAUCAAUCCCUCAAAUCUACGUUACAUUACACACAACAAAAGAAGAUUACAGUUUCCAAGUUCAUAUAGUUAGAGAGAGAGAAAGAGAAUCCCAUUACAUUACAUUACAUUACUUAUAAAACAGGAAAAAUAAUUAAAACUUAUACUUUUUUGUUCAGUUCCACAUUUGCGAUCAUUUUACCAAUUAUCGUUCGUUUGACCUUUUCUGAUCUUUUUCUUAAACAUCAUUGUGUAGCGGUGUUUGGAAUCUGGGAAAAUGGGUUUGUUUUUUGGGAUUUUUAUUGGGAUAGUAUUUGGCAUUGCAUUGAUGGCUGGGUGGGAGAAAAUGAUGGCUUACCGAAGCGCCAGACGAAUUGCAAAGGCAAUUGACAUUAAACUUCUUGGAUCUCUCAACAGAGAAGACUUAAAGAAAAUUUGUGGUGAAAAUUUGCCUGAAUGGAUAUCUUUCCCUGUAUAUGAGCAGGUGAAAUGGCUAAACAAGCAGUUGUCCAAAUUGUGGCCAUUUGUGGCAGAUGCAGCAACUAUGGUGAUAAGAGAAUCUGUCGAACCACUAUUAGAAGAGUACAGACCUCCUGGAAUUACUUCAUUGAAGUUCAGUAAGCUGUCCCUCGGAAAUGUCGCACCAAAAAUUGAAGGUAUUCGUGUUCAGAGUCUUAACAAAGGUCAAAUCAUAAUGGACAUUGAUUUCCGUUGGGGUGGUGAUCCCAAUAUUGUUUUGGCUGUUGAAGCUGCACUUGUUGCAUCAAUUCCUAUUCAGUUGAAGGAUCUUCAGGUUUUCACCAUUAUCCGUGUUAUAUUCCAACUCACUGAUGAGAUCCCUUGCAUUUCUGCUGUUGUUGUUGCCCUACUUGCUGAGCCAAAGCCUAGAAUUGAUUACACUUUGAAGGCAGUUGGUGGAAGUUUGACAGCACUUCCUGGAAUUUCAGAUAUGAUUGAUGAUACUGUAAACUCAAUUGUUACUGAUAUGCUCCAAUGGCCUCAUAGGAUUGUUGUUCCUCUUGGUGGUAUUCCUGUGGAUACUAGUGAAUUAGAGCUUAAGCCCCAGGGAAAGCUUAAAGUGGUUGUAAUAAAAGCAAAUGAUCUAAAGAAUAUGGAAAUGAUUGGGAAGUCUGAUCCGUACGUAGUAAUUCAUAUUCGCCCACUGUUUAAAGUUAAAACGAAGGUUAUUGAUAACAACUUGAAUCCAAUUUGGAAUGAGGAAUUUGAAUUGAUUGCCGAAGACAAGGAGACACAGUCACUCAUUCUCGAGGUUUUUGAUAAAGACAUUGGGCAAGAUAAACGAUUGGGAAUAGCAAAAUUGCCACUUAUUGACAUGGAAGCAGAAACUGAAAAGGACAUGGAAGUAAGGCUUCUGUCAUCACUUGAUACACUGAAAGUGAAAGAUAAGAAGGAUCGAGGAACGCUGACAAUAAAGAUUUUCUAUCAUCAAUUUAACAAGGAAGAACAGCUGGCCGCACUAGAAGCAGAGAAAACGAUACUAGAACAAAGGAAGAAACUGAAAGAGGAAGGAGUUAUAGGAAGUACAAUGGACGCGCUAGACGGAGCCGCAUCAGUAGUUGGGUCUGGUGUUGGAAUGGUUGGUUCUGGUGUUGCUGCUGGUGCUGGACUUGUAGGAAGUGGAAUUGGUGCUGGAGCUGGACUUGUAGGAAGUGGAAUUGGUGCUGGAGCUAGUGUUGUGGGAAGUGGAAUUGGUGCAGGAGCUGGAAUUGUUGGCAGUGGGUUCGGCGCUGUUGGCAGUGGUCUUGGUGCCGUAGGCAGUGGACUGAGCAGGGCAGGAAAGUUCAUGGGAAGGACAAUCACAGGGCAAACUGUAACCAGAAGGAGUGGUUCGACUACCCCUGUCGCUAACUUCGAGGAGAGUGGUGGCGGUGCAAAGCCGCGCUAACUUUUUCUGGCCGGACACUUCAACAGAGUAAUGAAAUGACCUGAAUCUUAGUUUUGAGAUUUUACAGUAGAUAGGUUGGUUACUUUUGGUACUUGUUCUCUUGCAUCAUAAUACGAGGCUUUUUUCAAUGGAAAUAGAUUGAACACUGAUAGCAGGAAUUUCGAUUUAGUUUUAGUUUUAUCCAAUCUUUAUGUGUACAUUAUUGUUAACUUGGAUGUGUAAUAAAACUUAACAAAUUGUAAAAAAUUCCUCUUAUUAGAAGUGGAAAUGAUUCAAAACGAAUAGAUGUUAGAUCAAACUAUUGUAAACAAAUUCUUAACCGGAUCAGUAUAUUUGGAAGUUCUGUCAUCUACAA